AUGGCAACUAAGAAAUUAAAUGCAAAAAUUUUACAACUUAAAAAAGAUGUUGAAAAUUUCGGAAAGAAAGGGAAGGCCAUUUCCGAAAACUAUGUACAAACUAGGAUAAAAUUGCUGGAAGAGUUGUGGGAAUCUGUAAACAAAAUUUAUGAUGAUUUUUUAGAAUCUGAUGAGGUUGGUGAAAAGGAUGUGGAUGCUGAUGCUGGGGUAGGAUCGGUAUACGAACAAUUUCGUGAGAAUUAUUGCGUUUUUAGAGCAAAGUUGUUUGAUUCGCUGCAAAGCCUGGGUGGCAGCAGCAGUAGUGUAUCAAAAGUAGUUGCUGAUAAAGAAAAGGAGGUAAGAAAGGAGGAUAUUCAUCUUCCAGCUAUUAAAUUACCUUCUUUUGAUGGCUCCUAUCAAAAUUGGCCAAAUUUUCACGAUUUGUUUGUAUCGCUAGUUGCUAGCAAAGAUUCGCUUUCCGACAUACAAAAAAUGCAUUAUUUAAAAACGAGUUUGACAGGAGAUGCAGAAAAGUUAUUGCUGACUUUGAGUACUGAAAGUCGAAACUAUGCUAAAGGAUGGUCAAUGCUGAAGGAUAGGUAUGAUCACCCUCGCGUUCUUGUAAACAUCCAGUUGAAUACACUGUUCAACCUGCCGUCGUUAACUCAGGAGCGUGUGGAGUCGAUCAAAGAUCUUCUUUACACUUCGACACAAGUGAUCCACAGCCUUGCAAAUCUAAAAAUUGAAGUUGAGCAUUUAGAUCCCAUACUAAUAUUUCUGUUAGUACGAAAAUUACCUGGGAAAACUCAACAGAUGUGGGAGGAGAAGUUGAACGAUCGAGAAAAUCCGAAGCAGUUGCCAACUUUCCAGGAAUUUACAUCCUUCCUUGAGACAAGGUUCCGGACAUUGGAAGCAGUCGAUCAGCAGCACGGUCAGAGCUCAUCAAACACAUCACGGAGUUCUUCUCACAAACAUUCGUUCAUCGCUCACGCUCAAUCUGGAAAAUCGAAACUUACUUGUAAAAUAUGCCUGAAAAAUCAACAUGCUGUAAGAAAAUGUAAUAAAUUUUUAAAAAUGAGUGUUACCGAUCGUAGUCAGGUUAUAAAUAAAUUGGGUUUGUGUCGAAACUGUCUAGGGUAUAGUCACACAUCAGAUAGUUGUCCAAGUGGUCGUAGGUGUUUUCAUUGCCAACAACCACAUCACACUUUACUGCAUGUAAAUAAUACUUCUUUUCAGCCUAGUCAACAACCUUCGAAUUGGCAACAACAUGCUAACAACUCUCAGCCGCUACAACAUCAGGUAAUAAACAACAACCCGCCAAACCAGGUGCAGCAAAAUACCCAAAGUACAAGUUUGAAUGCAGAAGCUCCUUCGUUCCAAAGUUCAAGUAAACAACCGUCGACAUCCAGCAACUUAGUAUCUCAUCAUUCUCAUCACAGUAGUAAAACAAAAAACUCUCAAGUCUUACUGGCAACAGCCCUUGUGAAAGUGAAGUCUUCGUUAGGUGAAUGGUUGACGAUGCGAGCAUUGUUGGAUUCUGGUUCUGAGGCGUCAUUUAUCACAGAGUAUGCUGCCCAAUUGCUACAGCUUAAAUCUCAAGCAACUCAAAUGGGGGUUUCCGGGUUGGGUUUAGUCAGCAGUGGCAAAUCUCUUAAAAUGGUGGAUAUCACUUUUGCUUCACACCAUUCCACUUUUGCAACAACAGUGCAGGCUUAUGUCUUAAAGUCACUGACUGGCCAUUUGCCGGCCCGGACCCUUCACGUUGAGAAUUGGACCCAUCUCAACGAUUAUGUGCUAGCUGAUCCUGAAUUUUUCAAAUCAUCCAAAAUUGAUAUUUUGCUUGGCAGUGAUGUCUUAGCCGAACUUUUGUUGCCGGAGCUCAUCCCACCAACAGACAAGUUGAUGCCAGUCAUGCAAAAUACAACACUGGGAUGGAUCUUAUUCGGAAAGGCUCCAAUUGUAUCUGAAUCAAGUCAACAAGUCAGAAGUUUUUUGCAAAUUUUACAAACAGACCUUCGAAUAUUCUGGGAAUUGGAAGAAGCACCGUUCAAGCCAUACUUAAAAGCCGAAGAUGUUGAAUGCGAAAAUCAUUUUAUCAACAAUGUUCAACGGACAGUUGAUGGGCGCUAUCAAGUGGCAUUACCGUUCAAGGGAAAUGUUCAUCCUGUUCUUGGCGAUUCGUAUCAAAGUGCUUUACGGCGAUUCUAUGGACUUGAGAGGCGUCUUGAUGCAAAUCAACAACUUCGAGACCAGUAUUCAGAGUGCAUCGAAGAAUAUAUUCAAAUGGGUCACAUGAGCUAA